GUGUUUUUCAAAACCCACCAGGCCGCCCUUCAUUUUUUUAGGACGCGCAGCCCCGAGAAGGGGCUUAUUCUUUCUUGCGAGACGCGGUUCGUGUCUAUUUACUCCAUGCUGGAGAGGCUGUUGGCCCUGCAGAACACUUUGCAGGACAUGAUGCGAGGGGACGACGCAUGGGUUUUUGCUUCCAUCCCGUGGUCCGCCGAUGUGUGCGUCAUGGCGCGGUGGGUGCGCCGACAGAUCAGAUGGGAUCCAUGGUGGCAGAGGGUGGCCACCAUCGUCCAUAUCAUGCAGCCCGUCAUGGAGUUGCUCAGGAGGAUGGAUCGUGGAGGACAGUACAUGUCCCUCAUGAUCGAGUGGACGCAGGAUCUUGUCCGCCGUGUCACGGUCGCAUGCGCCCUUUUGGGGACGUCGUUCGCCGACCGGAUCAUCAGGCGUGUGCAGGCUCGCAUACAGCACAUGCUUGAGCCGGCUCACUGCGCAGGGUUCUUACUGAACCCCCGCAGGCGACACGUUCGCUACUUUUCGGGGCAGGUGGAGAGGUACGAUGCUUGGCUUGUGGGGCAAGCCAAGAGGUACAUUUUGACGCAGAUGGGAUUCGAGUUGGAUGGUGCGGAGUACAUCCUUGCAUGUCGGCAGUUUGAGGACUUCCACAUUCAGCAGGGCAAGUUCGGGGAUUGGGGCGGUCCGGAGGGGCAUGCUUGUGGGCGCGCGUGCAGCGGCGACAGCGAGACGAUUGAGUGCGCGUCUUGGUGGUCUCAGUUCGGGUCGGGCGCGCCACAGUUGCAGCGUUGCGCUCUUCGGGUGAUGCACAUGUGGUCUUGCGUCUCUCCAGCGGAGAGGAACUGGGCAGUCCACGAGGGCAUUUACACGAAGAAGCGCAACCAGUUGACCUUCGAGAAGGUCGUGCAACUCGUUGAGAUCACCGCAAAUGUGCGGUUGACUGAGUAUCGGCGGGCUGGAUGCGGUUAUGUGCUGCCAUGGCAGCGGGACGAGGGCAUGUUGGAUUGCCAGGCAGAACUCCAGUUGGAGCCUGUGCGCAUGGGAACUCGCAGGGGGAUGACAGACGAGGAGAUUGCUCGUCAGGUUGCACUUAUUACCCGGGAUCCCAUCGUGGCAUCCGCACCACCCUUGGCUGAUGCCGUUUUCGAUAGACGUGCUUGCAUUUUUCGUCCCUACCCCCGGGACGAUGACUCAGACGAGGACCCGAUACCCGAGGCGGCCGACGACCCCGCGCUCCGCAUUCCCCGGGAGAUCGACGAGACGCACGAGGAUCCCGCCUCCGAGGACACAAGGACACAGACUGCACGACGGGCGGCGGACCGGGCGGAGAGCGAGAUGCUAGGGGGAGACGAGGACUUUUGGGGCCCAUUCGGUGAGGUCGCUUCCAACGGGGGCCCAGAGGCGCAGGCGACGACCCCCACUCCGACGAGGUGGGAUUCGUCCAUGCCGCCACCUCCUUCUCCGAGUCGUGCACCACGAUCGCCCAUCUCGCCACUUCAGGCGGAGAGGGAGGAGUUGGGGUCCUCUUUGCCUCAGCGAGGCCUUCUCCACAGAGGCGGGGCAGUCCGCCAGCUUAGGUUACGAUCACCUUCCCCGGGGAUAGGGCAGGAGGAGAGGGGACCUUCGGCAGCAGCAGUGAAGAGUUCGAUGGCACCAGCGGCUGUGUCGGACGCGACGAUCACGGCCGCGGUGGAGGAGAUAGCAGCAGCAGCAGCAGCAAUGCUAGAGGAGAUGGCAGCAUCGGUGUUGGCGGAGGAUCCACCAGCGGCAGGAGGAGGUGCCGCAGUGGAGGGGCAGGAGGAGCAGGUGGAGGAGCAGCAGCAGUGGAGGUUGAGGUGGCAGCAGCACUGGAGGAGGACGACGCACCAGGACGCCAGGCGUCUAGAGAUAGUGGGGGAUUGUGUGCAGGGUGGGGUGGUGGCGGGGGAGGACGUUGCGGAGGGAGUGGCAGCAGAGCCGGUACCCGAGGCUAUGCUGGGUGGAGCAGAGACAGCGGACGUUGCUGUGGAGGGACGGACUCAGGCGGUGGAUGAGGCAGUGCAGGCAGGACAGCGACGAGUCGAGGGGGCUAUAGACUCACGACGCGAGGGGCAAGAGACAGCGACGGGUCCAGUCCUUCCGUUCUUGGGCCUGCACUUGGCUCAGGCCCGACAGCCGCAUGCGGUUCAGAUGGCAGUGCAUGGUGUGCCACCGCCCGUUAUCACAGAUUUGGGGUCCGAGCCGGUGGUUGUGCCCCCACGUCUUCCUAGCCACUUUGCUCCGCAGGAGGUCCAUUGUCCUUUGGAUGUAGAGGAGUUGGCGAGAGAGGCUGUGCGCGAUGUUACUCGCUUGGACCGGCGGAUCUUCGACCGGAAGCUCGAGCACCCACCGUGGCAGUCGAUCCCUUCGGUUCCAUGGGGUCUUGCGUCGCCCGUGUGGUCUGGGUCUACCUCCACUGGAGGACAUACCGCGGGACAUGUUCCAGGGGUUUCGGGUGGUGUGACGGAGACAGCGCCACGCACAGGAGACAUGCCACCCCCUCCUCCCAGAGCACCUGCAGGUGAUCCAUCAUCGUCACCCACAGGCAGAGGCUCUCGAUCCCCACACACGCCUGGGAGAUCUAGGAUUCGUAACACGACAGCAGUUCAGCAGGACGUGUGUGACACGACAAUAUUCGGGAGGACAGAUAUACAUUUGGAUUCCACCCGCCGUGUCACGGAGCACACUGCACGCCUUCAGUCGGGCUUGGGAGGAGAAGGCGCUAGGACGACCACGGCGAGGGAGGUACCGGCAUCGGGUUGUGAGCCUCAGCGAGGUCGUGGCAGAGGAGUGUCGACCGAUACCUUGGAGUACGCUCUGAGAGCAGUGACGCGUGCCAUGCAGGAGCAGACUCCACGCAAGCGUGGAGUACCUCCUCGUCCACGCCCCGUGCCUGUAGAGGGAGGCGCAGCACUUGGGGAGAGUUCGGGGGCGGAGAGGUUGGAGAUACCUCGUGGUUCCCGCCGUGAGCAGACCAUUGCAGAGGCUAGUGCGAGGGUUCUUGUGUUGAGGAAGGGAGGAGGCCCCAUCACCAUCGAGGAGGAUGAUCCUGAUACGGAUGCGGCUGUGCGGGAUGCGGACGAGGACUACGAGGGCGAGGAGAAGGGAGAGGAGGAUAGCAGGAGCAGUUCCGAUGGUGACGACGAUGACGACUACGACGAGCCCCCACCUUCCCCAGGACCCCCACCGACGCGUGCAUCUAGACGCUCCGCUGCACGGAUUUCUUCAUCGUCACGAGGGAGGAAGAGGUCGACAUCCGGCACUCGAGGGGGCACGAGGAGACACAGCGGGAAGGGGAAGAAGGGUCGUUGACCGAUGAGGCCAACACUCCG